CGCUGGCAGAUUUGCAUGGGGACGGGGAGUACAAGGUGAGGAUUAAAAACAUACACACAAAUAAACAACAGAAACUGAAGAUCUUGGCCACUUUCAAAGAGCACAGUCUACUCUGCAUGCUCGCUACUGCUUCCUUAGUUCUGUUCCCAUUUGGAAAUCAGCCUUGGAAGCCCAGAUAGGAGUUCCCAGUGCCCCCUGACCUCUGCCACUGUCCCGGUGUCUAGACAGUGGCAGGCACGGAGCAGGCCCUGAAAUGUUUACUGAAUGAAUAAUGAAAACUCCAGCUGCCACCUACUCCUCACUCACACUUGCCAGGUUCUGUAAUUCAUUUUCUCACUUGAUUUUCACUGCAAGUGUCAUGAAAUUGAUAUUCCCAUUUUGCUGGUGGGAAAACAGGCUCAGGAAGUUUCAUCAACUUUCCCAAGGUCACAGAGCUUGCAGGCCUCAUUGCAAAGCAUUCAUUGUUGUGUGGGAGUGAAUGAACAUGCACCAGCAAAAAGACUGAGCCCAGGAAGAGGGUCAGUGGCAAGGUCUUUAGACUCUGAGCCUGGAGUAAGCCUGCCUUUCUCUACAGCUGGUGGUGGGGGACCUUGGCCCAGGUGGGCAGCAGCCCCGCCUGAAGGUGCUCAAAGGACCCAGAAUAAUGACCGAAAGCCCACUGCCUGCGCUACCAGCCGCUGCUGCCACCUUCCUGAUGGAUCAGCACGAGCCCCGAACACCGGCUCUCGCACUCGCUUCAGGCCCCUGUGUGUAUGUUUAUAAGAAUCUAAGACCCUACUUCAAGUUCAGCCUGCCCCAGUUGCCUUCAAACCCCCUGGAACAAGAUCUUUGGAACCAAGCCAAGGAGGACCGGAUCGACCCCUUGACCCUAAAGGAGAUGCUGGAGGGCAUCCGGGAAAAGGCAGAGGUGCCUUUGUCUGUACAGUCGCUCAGGUUUCUGCAGCUGGAGCUGAGUGAAAUGGAGGCAUUUGUGAACCAGCAUAAGUCCAAGCCCAUCAAACGCCAGACAGUCAUCACCACUAUGACCACCUUAAAGAAGAACCUGGCUGAUGAAGAUGCUGUGUCCUGCUUGGUACUGGGCACUGAGAACAAGGAGCUCCUGGUGCUGGACCCGGAGGCCUUCACCAUUCUGGCCAAGAUGAGCCUCCCCAGUGUCCCUGCCUUCCUGGAGGUUUCUGGCCAGUUCGAUGUUGAGUUCCGGCUUGCCGCUGCCUGCCGAAAUGGGAGCAUCUAUAUCCUGAGAAGAGACUCCAAGUGCCCCAAGUACUGCAUCGAGCUGAGCGCCCAGCCUGUGGGGCUUGUCCGGGUACACAAGGUCCUGGUGGUGGGCAGCACCCAAGACAGCCUGCAUGGCUUCACCCACAAGGGUAAGAAGCUGUGGACUGUGCAGAUGCCCGCUGCCAUCCUGACCAUGAGCCUGCUGGAGCAGCACUCCAGGAGCCUGCAGGCUGUCAUGGCGGGGCUGGCCAAUGGAGAGGUCCGCAUUUACCAUGACAAGACCCUGCUCAACAUCAUCCGCACCCCGGACGCAGUGACCAGCCUUUGCUUUGGCCGUUACGGGCGGGAAGAUAACACCCUCAUCAUGACUACGCGAGGUGGUGGCCUGAUUAUCAAGAUCCUGAAGCGAACAGCAGUGUUUGUGGAGGGAGGAGGCGACCUGGGCCCCCCACCAGCCCAUGCCGCAAAACUCAGUGUGCCCCGAAAGACCCGGCUUUAUGUGGAUCAGACUCUGCGAGAGCGGGAGGCUGGCACUGCCAUGCAUCGGACCUUCCAGACUGACCUCUACCUGCUGCGCCUCCGGGCUGCCCGCGCCUACGUGCAGGCUCUCGAGUCCAGCCUGAGCCCCGUAUCUGCUACAGCCCGGGAGCCACUCAAACUACACGCUGUGGUUCAAGGCUUGGGCCCCACCUUUAAGCUCACACUUCACCUGCAGAACACCUCGACAGCCCGGCCCAUCCUGGGACUGCUGGUCUGCUUCCUGUACAACGAGGCACUCUAUGCUCUGCCCCGGGCCUUCUUCAAGGUCCCCUUGUUGGUGCCAGGGCUCAGCUACCCCCUGGAGACCUUUGUGGAGAGUCUCAGUGACAAGGGCAUCUCAGACAUUAUCAAGGUGCUGGUGCUUCGAGAAGGCCAGAGCGCACCCCUGCUGAGUGCCCACAUCAACAUGCCUGUGAGCGAGGGGCUGGCAGCUGCCUGACCCCUGGGCUGUUGUUAAAGUCCCUGUGGAAUCAGGACCAGGAAGAUCCAGCCCCUUCCACUGAGCUGGGCAGUUAGUGGCCCAGGCCACUCCCUGUGCAGCAGGAUGCUGGACGACAGCUUCCCUCUCCUUGCCUAAGCUCCCUUUUCUCACCACCCUGACUGCUGGAUGACCUUUAGCAGCAGGUCAACGUACCCAGGAGGUUCAGCUCCGUUCUUCUCAUGAAGAUGCAGGCACUGGCUCACUGGGCUACUCCAUCCUCUGCACUUUCCUCCAGAAACCAUAUCAGGUCCCAAGGAAGAGCUCUGAAGUGGUCAAGGUGAGAUGAGGGGCCCAGGCCCAGCCAUGUCCUUUGCCACUCCCCUGAGGCACAUCACUCAUUGCUGCUGGUCCACGCUGGAGUUGGCUGGGGCCUGGCCUGGGACAAUCAGAGGAUUUUCUUGGAUGAGACUGAGCCCCCAGUUGCUCCCUGGGGUUCCAGAGGCUUGGCUGCUGCCAGUUCAGCUUGCAAGAAAAACACAUGCUCUGAUCUCCCCUCAUGAACUGAGCAGGGGCCCUUCUUUCUAUUCAGGGGGCCCAGACAAUAGUUGCCUCCCUGUAGGGGGCUUUUCUGAAAUCUUGGGCUCAGUCAACGUCUCAGGCCUGCGACACUCCAUGCAGAGGGCCAAGGGUGCCCAUGCAGGGACCUGGUGGCCCCCGCCCCAACCAGGGUCCUGAAGAGCACACAGCCACUGCUCCUGACUAGAACAAGCACCCAGGAUAGGAAGGCUCAGCUAGACAGAGAGGGCGUUGGAGGGUACAGCAGGGGCAUUUCUGGGGCCCUGGGAGGUGGCACAGGAGGCAGAAGCCCAGAGCUGCCAAUCAAGAUGCUCUUCUACACCCUGGAGCCCAGAGCAGUCCUGUGAGUGAAAAGUUCACCUGGCAGUGAUUAGAUGGAAAGUAUGAACCAGAGGCCUGAGUGAGGCAGAAGAUAGAACAAAGGCACAUGUUUAGCCCUCAGGGGCCAGAGACCCACAAUGUGGCCCUCGGUGCCUCGGAGCCCUGGGCAGUCUGCCUGGCCACCUCACAGCUACUGGGAGGCCACUUAUGAGCCAGGAGCCCUGUUCCCGGAGGACCUACCUCUUCCCCUCUGUGACCAGGAACAGCCCAGUGUAUGGUGACAGCUCAGGCUUGUGGGAAGUAACCCAAUCCCUGGGGACCUCAGUUUCCCCUUGUGUAAAAUGAGACAGUUUGACCGGAUUCAGCUCUAAGAUCCUGUGAGCUUGGCAGCCCCUCUAGUGAAAUGAGUCAGCUCCAGACAAGGGGUACAGAAAUAACUGCCUCUGUGCCCAAGACACAGUGAGGGACUGGGGUGACAGCCCACAGCCACUUCCCCAGAAAUGCAUUCUGGGGCCAGGUUAAGAGAAGCAAGGGGUCUAGACCAAACAAGAGCCCCCCCUCCUCUGUAGGUCCAGCCACUCGCAGAUCUAGACCAAGUGGGUGAGGACAGUGAAGGGUUUCUGGGUCAAACCAACUGGGGCACAGGCGGAACCAGCAGGAGGUUUAACCUGGAAAUGGACAGAUGGGUAGAGGGGGUGUCACUGUCAGUCAGAGAGACUUCAACUUAACCUGAAGAGCUUUCUGAGAGAGCUUGUCCAAGAAGGAAGGGCCUGCCCUAGAAGGCAUAGCCCCAUCACUGGCGCUGUGUCACUGGGGCUGGGUUGUCACUGCUCAAGUGGGUAUGCUGAGCCAGAUGACCUCACAGUCCCUUUCACCCCAGUCAAGUGAUGAUCUUUGUGAACUUAGAACAGAAAUAUCUGCUCUGGGUUCUCUGCAUAGCUGUUCACAGUAAAAGCAGAGAAACUGCUCCAUGCACAGCAACUAACAUGAAUGUAUCGGAGGAAUAGCGUGUACUGUGACUAAAACACGCGACUGUGCUGGUGUGGUGUACAUGGAGCAACAUAUAGCAGGAAACUGCGCGGUAUGCAGGCCCUCACUAGUUAGGACUCCAGGAAACUGUGUAUGUUAAGGAUGAGGAGUUGGUGUCUUUAAAAAAAAUAUUUAUCUAAAAACAUGUACCUACUUAGUACUAUGGAAUUAGUUCAUAUGAAGACAAGAGCCUCUUCCCAUCCCCGAGUGCUGCUCCCCUGCUGGCCACUUUCAGUGAUCUUAGCUGUUUAUUUCUGUGAUAUGCUUACACUAGUCUCGCUUGAUUUGUCAAUCUCAGACACUAUCUGGUGGCUCCCUGUCAUAACAGAUGAGGCUUUGGCUCUCCUGUGACAGCACCCCAUCCCCUCCUUCUCUCCAGUUUUAAGUAAAUUGAUACUCAGUUUGGAUUACAUUGUAUAUUACUAUGUGAAAGUUAAUUACUUCGAGCCAAGAACUGGGCUAUCAGUAAACUACUUUUGGGGUACUUUUUAAUUUUUCAUGGGAUUAAUAAUUACCCUGUUUUUUUUCAUUUGCUUAGUUUUCUGUGUAUACCAGUUGCUAAUUCUUCCCCCACCGGGUCUGACAGUCCUUUUUUCUGGACACUUGCCUCCAUCUGCUGCUGCAGGGAGGACUGGGUGUGCUCUAGAGCUGCCGCAGGGCACGUCUCCCGGGCUCCCUUUGCUGGUCCUGGGCCAGCGCCCGAUUUCUGGGCACCUCCUCCAUCACUCUGUACCCCUCAUCUGGUGAAGCAUAUCUGCAGGUACCUUCUUUAAAAAGUCACUAAAGUUAGCAUUUUUAAGGCACUGUUUGUACAAAAUUUUCUUUAUUCAAUUCAUACAUGUACGUGAUAGUCUGGAUCAUAAAACUUGAAGUUGAAAAUUA